AGUGCGCGCUCACGUGGUGCCUCCUUUAACUGCGGCGUCAGAGCGGAGCGGAGUGAGGAUGAUGAAGGACAGACGAUGAAGGAAAUGAAGAUGAUCAGCGGCUUUUUCAGCAGGUUCUGUCGGUCGGUUCUGCCUCUUUACUCCCACUGUGUAGAAACAGCCCGCUGUCCGCUGCGCAGGGUCUAUAACCGCCAUCAUCAUCACCUCUCAGGGAAACUGGUCCGAAACGGCAAGGAGAGGAAGUCGGUGAUUUUCGUUGAGGGGAACAUCGCAAGCGGCAAGACGACAUGUCUGGAGUACUUCAGCAAAACCGGCAACAUUGAGGUGCUGACCGAGCCGGUUUCAAAAUGGAGGAACGUGCAGGGACACAAUCCACUGGCUUUGAUGUAUCAGGACCCGUCGAGAUGGGGACUCACACUGCAGACAUACGUACAGCUGACCAUGCUGGACAGCCACCUGUCAACAAUAACGGCGCCUGUGCGGAUGAUGGAACGAUCCAUUUACAGCGCGAAGUACAUAUUUGUGGAAAAUCUUUAUCGAAGUGGAAAAAUGCCUGAGGUGGACUUUGCCGUCUUGUCCGAGUGGUUCGAGUGGAUUAUCAAAAACAUUGCCAUUCCAGUGGAUCGUAUUGUUUACCUGCAGACGUCUCCACAGACGUGUUACGAGCGGCUGAAGCAGCGCUGCAGAGAGGAGGAGAAAGUCAUUCCUAUAGAGUAUCUGGAAUCCAUUCAUAAUCUGUACGAGGACUGGCUGAUAAAGCAGACGUCGUUUAAAGUUCCUGCACCAGUGCUUGUGAUCCCGGCUGAUCACGACGUCCAGAAGAUGCUUCAUCACUACGAGGAGAACCGAGAGAGGAUUUUAACAGCAGGGCAAGAGUGAACCCUGUGAAGAGGAGAAAUGUCUGAGAAGAAGAAGAAGAACCGUUAAACGUUUACUUAAAUGCUGUUUCAGUUUAUAUCCGUGUUCUUUCUGUUCCUGGACUAUCUAACGCCCCUCUAUCACACAGUUCAGUGUUUUCUGCUCUAACAGGCUUAUUUUAAGCUAAUGAGUGCUUUGUUGACUGACCUGCUUCUCCAAAAGUGAUGACAUGGCAAGUGAAAGGAUCUUAAAUGUUGUCAACUUCACCGUAUAUAGACUACAUUUAGGUGCUUUACUUGUCAAGAUAUAAUUUUAGCAGUGAAUUGAAGCUCCGCCCACAAAUGUGUUCUUUCAUACCUGCUGUUGUGAGUUUGAGCUUUACAGAAAGCUGGUAAAAAUCCCAUUCAGCCUAAUGAG